AUGGCUUUGCGUGGGCAUGAAAAUGACAAGGAGCAUGCAGACCCUCCUGAAAAUCAAGAAAUGUUUACGUUUAUGGCUAACCUUCAAGCCAUGAUGCAAGCUAAUGAAGCCAUGAUGCGAGAUCUAAAAAUAGAUCUAGAGCGAAAAAUGGAGAGUCAACGUACUCAGACUGAAGACAAUCUUAGGCAAUACCUAAGGGAAAUCAUUCCUGCCCAAGGAGGUAUCGAUGUUGCUAUGGAUGAUGUGGAAGUCCCACCUCCUCCACUUGGGGUUGAUAACAUCCAAGAGAGGCAAGAUCCCAUUCUUCCCAUAGAGGAAGUUGCAGAUAAUGUCAAUGAGGUGAAUAGGGAUGAAGUUGCUGCCUAUGUGCCACCACGUGUUCGUGGGAAUGGCGCGGGAAAUGGCCACCAUGGAAAUCACAACGGCCAUGGCCAUAAUGGAGGUAGGAACGGCGGCAAUGGUAAUGCAAAUGGUACCUCAUCUGAUCUUUCAACUGUUGAACACUUGGGACGUUUUCCCAUCCAGUGUGGAGAAGCAAACACCGGCUUCCAAAAGUUGAGAUUGUUCCCAAACUCUCUCACAGGGGUUGCGUUCACUUGGUACAUCAAUCUUCCACCUAACUCUGUUACGACGUGGGAAGAAAUGGAAAGGCUUUUCCAUACUCAGUUUUACAAAACGGAGCCCGAAAUUUCCAUGGUUGAUCUCUCAAGACUAUCCCAGAGAAAGGGAGAGUCGGCUGAGGAUUAUAUUGCUAGGUUCAAAAAAAUGAGGAACCGCUGCCGCAUUGCUUUACCAGAGCAAGAAUUUGUGCGGCUAGCACAAAAUGGUCUAGAUCUCGAACUUCGGAAGAAAUUCGAAGGAAUGGAGUUCAGGGAUUACUAUGAGAUGUCGACAAAGGUGGCUCGAUAUGAAAGAUUGUUGCAUGAAGAAAUGGAGAGGAGAAGCUCUUCAUAUGGCACAUAUUAUCAUGAACCUAAUUAUGAAUUGGGUGUGGCCGAAAUCAAGACUGAUAGGCCAAUUGAAUGUCCUGCGCUGACUUCUGAUGUCUUUGAUUAUCUUUACAAAUCUGGGAUGGUUAAAUUGCCUCCUGGACAUAAUAUUCCUUAUCUUGAGAUCAUCAAAGGGAAGGAAUACUGCAAAUACCACGACUCGUGGAGGCAUUCCACCAAUAGUUGUACUGUAUUUCGAAAUAUAGUGCAAGAGAAAAUUGAACGUGGAAUCUUGAAGUUUCCAGAACCUUCGAAGAAAGAUAUGGGGGUUGAUAAAAACCCUUUCCCAGCUACAGUAAAUAUGGUGGCAAUUAAUUUUCCCAAAGAUGGUCGAUUGACUAAAGAAGAGAAAGCUAAAGAGGUGUUAGAAGAAGGACAAGCGGCUUUUAUGAAGAAGAAGUUAGUGGUCCACUUUGAUCAAGAGCCUUGUGAUAAACCAAAGAAACAAAGGUAUGGUUAUGCUAAUUCUCAUAAAAUUGAUUUUGUCCCUAACCAAAUUGGCAGGCCAAUUCCAAGACCACUAGCGUUGAAUAUGACUCCUAGGAGGAAAAUGGAGUUGACUCCACCAACAGCGAGGCAUGUAAUUUCACGUGCUGAAAAUUAUUUACCAAAUAAAAAUGUGCCUCAGAAGCUCAAUUUUGACCAUGAUCAAGGAAGAUCGAUGCAUAACGAGAAACCAAAAAAUCAGGUGGCUUAUGCGUCAACUAAGGAAACUUGUUUUGCAAACCCUAAGCCAAAGCAAACAGCGCCACAUCCUAUGGUUCCUUCAACUUCCAAGGCGAUCCCAUCCAAUUUAUUUGUGCUGAAUGAAAAUGUUAAAUUUCCCACAAAGCCAAGAUCCAAAUGCAAUGAUAAUAUUGAUGGCGCUGAAGAAGGAAACAGUAAUGAUGUACACCCCAUGCUUAAAGUGACACAUGAUAUGUCAUUUGAGCAAUUGGUAGUGGCAAGAUUAGAGCCAUUGGGGGCCAAAGUUGUGUUGGAACAGGCUAGGCUUGAUGAACGGGAAGCAAAGAUUAAAAGAAAAGAAGUCGAACUUGACAUCAGGACAAAUGUGUUGGCCGAUAUGAUAAUUGCUCUAAAUAAAGCUCGAGAUGAGUUUAAUAGACAGAAAAAUGGCGAUGUUGAUCAAGACAAAGUUGACAACAAAGAAGAUGAUGUAAACGUUGUUGAUCUGGUUAAUGCUCUCUGUGAGAAUACUAGUGAUGAUUUCCUUGCAAAAUCUGAAGAUUCUAUAACUUUUGGCCAGUUCACUAUUAAUUUGCAUUGUAAUGUUCUUACAUUACCUUGCAUUUUUGCCGCCAAAGUUGACGAAGAGAUGGAUCUAAGUGAGCCACUCCCAAAUGGUGAUGCAGAGGAUGAAAUUCUAUUACCUUGCAAGAGUGAAAAAUGCUCGGGGGGCAAGGAUAAUGAAGCUAAAGCCAUUACAUUCUUGAAACCUAAUGAGAAUGCCACUCGCCAUAUCAAGCCUUUGUACAUCAAAGCACAUUUUGAUGGGAUUCCAUUAAACAGGAUAUUGGUAGAUAAUGGUGCUGCUGUGAAUCUUCUCCCAUAUGCGUCAUUAAGAAAACUUGGCAAAUGUGCAGAUGAUUUAAUUAAAUCGGAUGUAACAGUGAGUGAUUACUUUGGUGCGGUUAGCAAGACAAGAGGAAUUUUGCCAACAAGUCUUACGGUGGGAUCAGAAACAUCUGUAUCUGCACUCUUCGUUGUGGAUUCAUCAACGUAUCAUGCUUUAUUAGAUAAGGAUUGGAUUCACUCCAACUGGUGUGUUCCCUCAUCCCUCCAUCAAUUCCUGAUGUUUUGGAACGACAAUGAGGUGGAGAUCGUUCAUGCUGAUAACAAACCUUUCAAGGUAGAAUCUAAUGCCGUAGAGGCAAGGUAUUACGAUGAAUCAGUAGGGACUAUUUGGUUUCUCGGCCAAGAUAAGUAUGGCCGACCCAUGCCUAUGGUUUCAACUUAUACUCUUGAGAAGCGAAUUCAAAGUUUAGAGGACUUAGCCGCCCCAGUAGCUAAUGCGGUUUAUCAAAAUCAAAAUAAAAUUCAAGAUGAGAUCACCAUACAGGAGCUUGAUCAUGCUCCAAUGAAAUUAGAUGAUCUCAAGGCCGAGGUACAAGAUCCUUUGCUUGAAAUAGAUCUUGGUACUGAUGGAAAGCAUCGGCCACCUUAUAUAAGUCAAUUAUUGGCAGAGGAAGAUAAAUUACGCAUUGUCGCUUUGUUAAAAGAAUACAAGGAUUGCUUUGCAUGGGAUUAUGAUGAGAUGCCAGGGUUGAGUAGGGAUUUGGUGGAACAUCGCCUCCCAAUUAUUGAAGGUUAUCGUCCUUAUCAACAUCCUCCUAGGAGAAUGGCUAACAAUGUUAUUCUUUUAGUUAAAGAGGAAAUUGAGAGGUUGAUUAAAGUGGAUUCAUCCGUACUGCGAGCCACCCCUAAAGAUCAAUAUCCUAUGCCUGUUGCAGAUGUGCUAGUGGAUGGAGCCGCCCAAGACAAGAUCUUAUCCUUCAUGGAUGGUCAUAGCGGCUAUAAUCAAAUCUUUAUUGUCGAGGAAGAUGUUUCAAAAACGGCUUUUAGAUGUCCUGGGGCAAUUGGUACUUUUGAAUGGGUUGUAAUGCCAUUCGAUCUCAAGAACGCAAGAGCUACUUAUCAGAGAGCCAUGAAUGCAAUCUUUCAUGAUAUGAUCGGUAAGUUCAUGGAGGUUUAUAUUGAUGAUGUUGUGGUCAAAUCUCAUAACAGUUUAAACCACAUAAACCAUUUGCGUCGCUCAUUUGAAAGAAUGAGACAUCAUGGUCUAAAAAUGAAUCCUCUAAAGUGUGCGUUUGGUGUGAGUGCAGGAAAUUUUCUUGGCUUUUUGGUUCACCAACGUGGGAUUGAGAUUGACCAAAACAAGGCAAGGGCUAUCAUGCAAGCUCAACCGCCAACCAAUAAAAAGGAACUUCAACGUUUCCUUGGUCAGAUUAACUUCUUGAAAAGAUUUAUUGCCAACACUGCUGGUAAGACGAAGGCGUUUUCACCACUGUUGAAGUUAAAAGAUGGAGAAGAGUUCGUUUGGCGUGAAGAGCAUCAAGUGGCAUUUGAAGCCAUCAAGAAAUACUUGGCAAUGCCACCUGUAUUAGUUCCUCCUAGGAAAGAAAAACCCUUGUACCUUUAUGUAUCGGCCACUUUAUCUUCUAUUGGAUGUUUGUUGGCCCAAGAAGUAGAAAGAGGAAAAGAACAAGUGGUUUAUUACUUGAGUCAGACACUUACUGAUGUAGAAAAUAGGUAUAGUCCGAUCGAGAAAUUAUGUUUAUCACUUUAUUUUGCUGCAAUAAAACUUCGCCAUUACAUGCUUUAUUAUAAUGUGUGUAUAAUUGCCAAGACGGAUAUAGUUAAAUAUAUGUUGACUCGGCCAAUUCUAAGAGGCCGACUUGGUAAAUGGUGUUUUGCUUUAUUAGAAUUUAGUUUUAGAUAUAUUCCGCAAAAAGCAAUAAAGGGUCAAGCUGUGGCUGAUUUUUCGGCCGAUCACCCUUGCUUAGAUCUAGGGGAAGAUUUUGAAGAAGCCAUGGAGGUGAUGGAAAUCUCCACACUGCCUUGGAUAUUAGAAUUUGACGGAUCUAGCACAUCAGAGUCAAAUGGUGCUGGGAUUGUCAUCACAUCGCCAUAA